AUGGUGAUGAUGAUGUGGGAAGAUGUAACUGUUGAACGACCUUCAAGUUUUGGAGCACAGAGAAAGAAGUUGUUGCUUAGUGGAAUAACAGGCUUUGCCGAACCAGCUAGGGUUAUGGCUGUCAUGGGUCCUUCUGGCUGCGGAAAAACCACCUUUCUUGACUCUUUGACUGGAAAACUUGCUCCAAAUGUUGUAAUGACCGGGAACAUUCUAAUCAAUGGGAAGAAAAACUUGAAUUCCAGAGAUGUGUCCUACGUAGCUCAGGAGGAACUUUUCUUGGGAACUUUGACUGUAAAAGAGACUCUUACAUUCUCUGCAAACAUGAGACUUCCUUCCAAAAUGACCAAAGAAGAGAUAAAUAAAGUGGUGGAAGAAACCAUAAUGGAAAUGGGUCUGGAAGAUUGUGCAGAUACAAGGAUUGGGAAUUGGCAUUGGUAG